CCUCAGUCGCUCCAACUUUCCUGGGGCAGGUUCCCCUUUGCUCCUUUUAUGUUUUUCGUUUUUGGUGCCUACGCGCUGUAGAUUUUUCGUUUUUCCCCUGAAUUUCUCAACAGCUCACUGUUGCUCAUUUCCUGUAAGCGGGAUUCAGUCUGAAGAAGGGGACCCCGAGAUGUCUGCACGUCAGUGACUAUGCUGCUUGUCUGGAGGAAGUUCAUCUGAAAUACGACCCUCUUAUUUCUCUAUUAAGCGAUAUACGGCGGCACUGUAUCGAGGCCAGGAAACUCCUCCAUGAUGUCUGCUCUGAAGAUAGAAAACUUCGAUCCGUAUUCCUGUAAUGGUAUUGAAGAUAGAAAUGGUAUGGGCUAUUCUACAGCAUUGCUGAACCCUAUAGUUCUAGGGCAGGAUUUGGCUAAUGUGGCUUAUCUUUCUAUUAUCGAACAACCCAAGCAGCGAGGUUUUCGUUUUCGCUAUGUGUGUGAGGGGCCAUCACACGGAGGACUUCCUGGAGCAUCCAGUGAGAAAGGAAAGAAAACAUUUCCUACUGUAAAAAUAUUUAAUUAUGUUGGAAUGGCCAGGAUUGAAGUGGACCUGGUAACACACACAGACCCACCACGAGUUCAUGCUCACAGCCUUGUGGGAAAACAUUCCAACGAAACUGGAAAUUGUAUAGUGACUGUAGGACCUGAAGACAUGACAGCUCAAUUUAACAAUUUGGGCAUUGUACAUGUCACCAAGAAGAGCCAGACUGAGAUCUUGAAAGAAAAGAUGAAGCGAAAUAUUUUAAGAAACACAGGAAGAAACACACUCACAGAAGUGGAAGAACGAAAAAUCGAGCAGGAAGUUAAAGACCUGAAGAAAGUUACAGAUUUGAGCAUUGUGCGACUCAAGUUUACGGCCUACCUGCCUGACAGUAAUGGUGCCUACACCCUUGCCUUGCCACCAGUUAUUUCAGAUCCCAUCCAUGACAGCAAAUCUCCAGGGGCAUCAAACCUGCGCAUUUCACGAAUGGACAAAACUGCUGGCUCUGUUAAAGGAGGCGAUGAAGUGUAUUUGCUCUGUGAUAAGGUUCAAAAAGAUGACAUAGAAGUGCAGUUUUAUGAAGAUGAUGAAAAUGGAUGGCAUGCCUUUGGAGAUUUUGCACCAACAGAUGUUCAUAAACAGUAUGCAAUAGUGUUCCGGACCCCACCAUACCACACACAGAAGAUUGAUCGCCCAGUUACUGUGUUUUUACAGUUAAAACGCAAAAAGGGAGGGGAUGUCAGUGAUUCCAAACAGUUCACCUACUAUCCCCUGGAACAAGAUAAAGAAGAAGUGGAGAGAAAGCGAAGGAAAGAUCUCCCAACUUUCAAUAACCAUUUCUAUGGUGGUGGAUCUCCCAUGGGUGGUGCUGGAGGAGGUUCUUCUUUCGGCCAAGGAGGAGGGAGCAAUAUAAACUAUCAAUACACAGGAAUGAAUUCUGCAUUCUACAUGAGCUCACCUGCUGGUGGAGGCUACCAUAGCAGUGGGCAUAUGAUGAAGCAUUGCUCAGCAACAAACUCUUCUGAGAAAAACCAGCAGCCAUCUAUAAGCAUCAAGAAAGAGGGGGAAGAGGCAUCUGCAUGUUCCCAAACAGACAGCGCUACAACUGCACAGAAAGAAGCCCAGUGCCAAAUGAUUAUGCGUCAAGCAAAUCUUAGGAUGCUUUCCCUCACUCAGCGCACCUCUAGGGCUUUGUUGGAUUACGCAACCACUGCCGACCCUCGCAUGCUGUUAGCUGUCCAAAGACAUUUAACAGCGACACAAGACGAAAACGGAGACACGCCACUACAUCUUGCAGUCAUACAUGGACAGUCUUCCGUCAUUGAGCAGCUGGUGCAAAUCAUUUUGAGCAUCCCAAAUCAACAGAUUCUUAACAUGAGUAAUCACCUUCAACAGACUCCUCUGCACCUUGGAGUAAUCACCAAACAAUAUAGUGUGGUGGCUUUCCUUCUGAAAGCAGGGGCAGAUCCCACCAUCCUUGACCGAUAUGGAAACUCAGUUUUGCAUUUGGCUGUACAGUCUGAAGAUGACAAGAUGCUUGGUGUCCUGCUGAAAUAUCCAUCUGUAGGUCAAAAGAAUCUGAUAAACAUGCCAGAUUACCACGGUUUAUCCCCAGUUCACUGGUCAGUUAAAAUGAAAAAUGAGAAAUGUUUGGUGCUGUUGGUAAAAGCUGGAGCAAAUGUCAAUUCUGCAGAGAGGAAGAGUGGAAAAUCCCCUCUCCAUAUUGCUGUUGAAAUGGACAAUCUAAAUUUGGCUGUUUUUUUGGUGAAGAAGUUGCAUGCUGACAUUAAUGCUAAGACCUAUGGAGGAAACACACCCCUGCACCUUGCUGCCAGUCGUGGGUCUCCAAUGCUGACCAGGAUGCUUGUCAAUGAAGGAGCCAAUGUUCUUUCAGAGAAUGACGAACCUGUAAAUAAGUUACCAUCCUGUAACAGUGAUACUUCUGAGAGUGACUCUGAUGUGCAAAUGGACACAGAUUCAGACCACCACGGGGACUCUGAUACAGACAGCAGCACAGCCGUGGACUCUGAAUGUGAGCACAGUGCAGAGGAGAUGCACAGGAGGGAACAAAGGAAUAUCAGACCACACUGUGCCAUGAAGAGACGAUAUUCAGGUCACACUGCUCUAGACCUAACAAAAAGCCAGAAGGUGCGAGAUAUUCUGUCUAAACACACGCCUGGCAGCGCAUCAUGGAAGCAGAAAGGACCAGAGCCAGUAAACGUUCUUGCUUUGGAAACCAACACAGUACAGCGUCUUGAGAAGCUUUUAAACGAAGGUCAGACUGGGGCAGACUGGACAGAACUCGCCUCAAGACUGAGAUUGCAGAGUUUAGUAGAAACCUAUAAGAACACGUCCUCCCCUACCGAGAGUCUCCUGCGCAACUAUGAACUUGCUGGCGGCAAUCUUAAAGAACUGAUUAACACUCUUCAGUCGAUGGGAUUGAAUGAAGGAGUAGAACUGCUGUGUAAAUCAGAAACCUAUGCAAAACAUCACAGUCCAGCAGAGUCAAAGAACGACAGCGCUUAUGAAAGUCAGUCGAUGGAGGUGGAUCAAUCGUCAGGAAAUCUGAUGGAUGAUUCUCAGAAACAGACAAUUCCAGUUUCUGCAGCAGAACUUUGCCCAACCACAGAGCCAACUAUUGGACAGUAAGGGCCAAUCACUGAGCAAUCACUGUGUUUGCUGGAGAAAAGUGCCUGGAUCUGUGACAUUAGCUUGUGUAAGCUUGGUGCCUUCAUCUGUCUCACCCUGUGCGGAACUGCUGUGUCAUUUGGACUAUAAUGUUUUUUUAGUAAAAGAUGAGAAACUGCCUUUUUCUAAUGCUUGGCUGUUUGUAGCUUGGUUUAGCAGUAGUAACCAGGAUAAUACUAGAAAAUAUUAAGAGAAUAAAAAGGUUUUUUAAUAACCUUAGGUGCGAAAUCCGAGUGAAAUCUAUAUUCACACUUUGAUAAAUAUGCCCCUUAAAAUCCAAGAGAAUCAAGGAAAUCUGGAAAACUCUUGUUUUCACUCUCCGAUGAAUAUGCCCUUCUGCAUGAAAAUGGACGCACUAAUCAGUAAUAGGGUUUCAACUUCUGCGGGUGCUUUUUCUUUUCUCGAGUAAUGUUUUUAUUUUUUUUUAAUUGUUUUUUUUCCGUGUGGUUCUGUCCAUCUUUGCCUUUACUAUUAUAUGUACUAUGUAAAUGUUUUAUUUUUUAUUACAAAUAAAUGUAAUUUAGUCA